CAGCGGGAACACAGCGGCAACUUUCCACCAGUGGAUUCGCUCGAAUCGCCACUAUCACUGGCGGGUCGUCUCCUCCGCGGACGCCGGCCGAGCCGCCGCCGCCACCGCUGCCGUCUGAGUCAGCGCCGCCGGCGGCCGAGAGCCGUGCCGCGCGCAGAGCCCGGCGCACAGCACGAGCCAGUGCGAGCGGAGCGGACUGUGAGGGCGGACGGUCCGAGUGGAGCGGACUGAGAGGGCGGACGGCGCGGAGGACUGCAAGGGCGGACGGCCGGAGGACAUCGCGCGGACGGCGCGGAGGACGGCACGGAGGACGCUGGCAUGCCGGACGGCGUGGGGAAGCAGUGGGGUUCGCUGAGACAAACGCGGCCCUGGCGGUACGCGGCCUCGCUGACAGGCAUGCUCCACCUUGUGUCGCUGGCGCUGUCGGUGCUGUGUGUAGCGUUCGCCGGCCACUAUCUGGGCAUGUACCAAGGCGUGCACGUGCCCGGCUACGACCUGUUCCGGCCGGAGGCGUUCUUUGUGAUCGCUGGCGUCGCGUGCAUGGUGGUGACAACGCUGCUGCUGGCCACCGUGCUCGCCUCGGCCGAGUCACAGGAGCUGCUCUUCAGGACUCUGGCGCCCGAGCUGGCGUUCGGGGUCAUGUCCGGGCUCUGGCUGGUCGCCAGCAUCGUCUACAUGGCCGAGAUUGUCGGCAGAAACAUGGACUAUCUGUUCAGGGAGCGAGGAUUUCCUCUCAAGAUCCUCACGGCUGUGCUGGCGCUGGCAGCCGCCUGCCUGGACGCGGCGCUCUGCCUGCUGUCGCACCGACACCGCAGCGCCAUCUACUCGCCGCAGCUGAAGGCGGCGCCCUCGGUCGAGUCGGGCGCCCGCCCGGCCCAACUCACCAUUGGCACACCGCCGGCGCACGAGGCGACGCAGCGCAGCAGCUUCGGCGGUGUGGAGGCGCGGCCGGAGAGGCACCGGAUGGAGCGCGCACCCAGCAGUCCACCGUUCGUCGGUCAGCAGGAGGCACGCUUCUCGUUCGCCGCCGCCCCGGCCGCCAACUCGGUCGUCAGCCUGCAGGGGCCGUCCGAGAGCGUGCGCAGGCUGACCGAGAAGACACUCAGCCAGUCGGUGAGCCUGAAGAGCGAGUCUUCGGCGCCAGCGCCGGCCUACGUCCCGGCGCCGACGCCCGAACCGCCGCCGGCCGAAACGCUGGUCUCGAAGCCUCUGUCCGGGCGGCGCGGCUCGGCCGGCUCGGGCGGCGCUGGCGGGGAGCAAGCCACGCGGUCCCUGGCCGGCUCCGCCGACCACAUCGGCGGCAAGACGCGCGAGAUGCGCCGCUCGGUCAGCACGCCCGGGGACGUGGAGGAGCCGCUGGCGGUGGCCGGCACCAAGUUUGCGAGCACAGACUACCUGGCCAGCGAUCCGGCCAACCUCAGCUUCAGCCAGCGGCUCAAGAUGCUGGAGCAGCGGAAAGCGAACGGAAGCUGA